AUGGCAAUGAACAGUCCGGGUCCAUUUACCAAUUUAAAGUCUCCAAGGAGUCCUCGGCAGCUUCCUCAAUUACCCCCAUCAAUUUUAUCGAGUUCUGGGCAACGAAGUCCUAGCCAGCAGCUCCAAAACUUGGGCUGCAAAUCACCGAGCACGCCGCGGGUAUUUGAAUUCCCACCCGAGUACUAUCCCGAGACUCCAAAUGCCAAUUUCGAUUUUGAAGAUUUUGGAAAAAUGUCGAGCUCUCGCAGCAGUCUUUUACCAGAGAGCGAUUCUUGCAGCAUCGUCAACAGAAGUUCCAGUUUCUACAGUCAAAACUCAUCGGGGAUGAAAAGCCCGCGAGCUUCCGAGUCAAGCAAGUCCCCGGUAUUUUCGUUCUGCAACCCAAAGAAGAAUUUCGGAAAAACACUGAGCUAUCCACCGAAAAGUCCAGCCUCUCCGAGUUCGCUGGGUCCAAUUAUAAGGAGCAGAUCACCCUCCUGUGGGUCAUCUCAAAGUUUCACCCAAAAAAGUCCAAACUCUGCAAAUUACAGUCGUCGAAAUUCGUGCUUGAACCUUCGGCCUCUAAACUCACCGAAAACUAUCGUUACCUCAUCCUCACGCAGCCCGAGUCCCCGAGCUGCCGAUGCUGACGAGUUUGAAGAAUGUUCGACCACCAAAGACCUAGGUGAUAAGUUUUACAAAGGAGCAGAAAGUAAGACGGUAAAAAGACAGGAUCGAGAUAGUCCUCAGAAUGCAAGAAAAAGAUUGGGUAGCGUCCAGCUUAACAAGAGUUAUGGUUGUCUGAAUGAGGUCACGGAGAAAAUCUCAAUGAGGUCUAGUGGAAAAAAUAUUUCACGUCGCUCCACAAGUGAUCUUACUGACGCGGCUGCAGUUGAUGAAAACGAAACUGAAAUCACUAUCCUGUCCAGCCCCAGGCGGAAAGGAUCGAUGAAAGGAGGUUUAGCUUAUUUGGCAUCCAGGCGAGGCUCUCGUGAUAGCCAGAUUUCGAAUAUCUCUAAUAUCAGCAAUGAGGAUAUUGGACCAUUAAAUUUCAGCGCUCAUCCGCGAGGCCGUCAGAGAAGAACUUCUAAUUUUCUUGAAUUGCCAGUUCCGGAUCACAUUCGACCUCGUGUCCACAGUUUACCGGAAAAACCAUAUAACCCACGAGCUGGUGAUGAUUUGUACAGACUUCGAGCGUUCAGUAUUACACAUAAAGGUGUUGUCAAUCGUGGGGAUUCCAUUAUCUCACGGCGUAGCAGAAGCAACACGUCGGUCAAUAGCAGCAGAAAUAGUAAUGUGUCUGGUGAAAGAUCACCGUUUGAAGGAUCCUGCUGCAGCGGGCAAGGGGCUGUGUGUGAUAGUACUGAAAGUGAAGCCGAAGAAGUUUCUAAGUACAGGGUAGUGUUACUCGGGGAUUCCGGGGUUGGUAAAACCGCGUUAGUUUCACAAUUCAUGACAAGUGAAUACAUGAAUACUUAUGAUGCGAGUCUAGAUGACGAAUUUGGAGAAAAAACAGUAUCUAUUCUUCUGGAUGGUGAGGAAUCUGAUAUGAUAUUUAUUGACCAUCCUCACGUGGAAAUGAGCUUGGAAAAUUCAUUGACUACAUACGAGCCGCAUGCGUGUGUGGUUGUCUAUUCAGUUGUAUCGCGUCCAAGUUUUCAAGUAGCCGAAGAUAUGCUAAAUUACCUUUGGCGUGAGCAUUAUACUCAAGAUCGGUCUGUCAUUGUUGUCGGUAAUAAAUCUGAUCUCGCUAGAAGCCGCUGCAUUGACGCUAAUGAGGGGAAACAACUGGCAACAUCACGGGAAUGCAAGUUCAUAGAAACUUCAAGUGGAAUUCAACACAAUGUCGAUGAAUUACUUGUUGGGAUACUUAAGCAAAUUCGCUUGAGAGAGACGCGAGAUAAAAAAUUACGAAGACGGGGCAGUAAAAGUAAAAUGCUUACCAAGUUACACGGCAGUAAAACUGCCCUUAGUCUUAAUCUUGCCCGAGAAAUUUUAAAUAAAAUGUGUAUGAAUGACAGCAAAAGUAAAAGUUGUGAAAAUUUA